AUGGCCUCCGUUAAAAAACAGCGGCUAUCAGACGGACUUUCUGUUACACAGAAGGUUUUCGUUCGUUCGCGGAAUGGAGGAGCUUUGAAGAUCGUUAGGGAGCAUUAUUUACGUGACGAUGUUCCAUGUUCGAGCAUUUGUUGUGAUGAUUGUGAAGAGUAUUAUAGACCCACUCCGGACGGUGGCAAAAACGAGCCUGUUUUGAGCGGUGAGCCACUGGAUCUGGGCAAGCAAAAUAUUGGAAAACACUAUUUGGUGUUGGACACAAACGUGGUUCUGAACGCAAUUGAUUUACUUGAGGGCGAUAAGGCCUUUUACGACGUCGUUAUUCCUCAGACCGUGUUGGAAGAGGUGCGAAACCGCAGUUAUCCGAUCUACAUGAGACUUAGAGCUCUGUGUAAGAACGACGACAAGAGAUUUGCCGUUUUCCACAACGAGUUCAAGGCCGCUUCGCACGUCUCCAGAGAAAAAGGCGAGUCUGCUCAGGACUUUAAUGACAGACUCAUCAGAAAAUGUGCAUCUUUCUACACCGAGCAUUUGAAAUCCCAUAAGAUAGACAUUGUCCUGCUCACAGGAGACAAAAAUAACGCAGAGAAGGCAUCCAAAGAGGGACUUGUAUCGAUGACUCUACAUAACUACGUUUCUCUGCUUCCAAAUUUCGCCGAAUUGGAAGACAUGUUGCCGUCCAACGAGACGUUCUCGCGCCAAUUGAACGAGAUCAACUAUCAAGACUACUAUUCCUCGGCCCGUUUGAUGGGCGGAAUCAAAAACGGAACAUUGUACCAGGGUGUGAUCAAUAUCUCGUCGUACAAUUUCCUGGAAGGAUCUAUAUCUGUGCCGUCGAUGCCCAAACCAUUGCUGAUCCUCGGCCGGGAGAACCUGAACAGAAGUUUCAAUGGCGACUCGGUCAUUGUGGAGCUACUUCCCCAAAGCAAAUGGAAGAAACCUUCUACAGAGAUUGUUGACGAAGAGACCAUAAAUAAGAAUGAGGUUGGCGACGACGAUGAAAACGAGGUGAUUAUCUCGGACCAGGAAAGAAAACUUUUGGCCCAGCAGGCUGCAGAGACACAGGGACAUGAUGAUAAAGUGAUUCCAACUGCCCGGGUCGUCGGUAUCGUGAAGAGAAGCUGGAGACUGUAUGUUGGACAAUUGGCAUCCAAUGCUGCCGCCAGCAGCCAGAACACAGGAAACGCAGCAAAGUCGUGUUUUGUAAUUUUGAUGGACCGAUCGUUACCCAAGAUCCGGAUCCGUACGAGACGUUCGCGUGAACUAAGCGGUAAGAGAAUUGUGGUUGCAGUUGAUUCAUGGCCUGCCAACUCCAAAUACCCAGAAGGCCAUUUCGUUCGUGUUUUGGGAGACAUCGAGGAUAAGGACGCAGAACAGGAAGCUCUUUUGCUCGAACACGAUGUGGAGUACCGUCCGUUCUCCAAAAACGUUUUGGAUUGUCUUCCGAAAGAAGGCCACGACUGGAAAGUUCCAGAGAACCUGCAAAACGGCGACGAGCAGCUGGCAAAAAGACGCGAUCUCAGAGACAAGCUUGUUUGCUCGAUCGACCCGCCAGGAUGUGUGGAUAUCGACGAUGCUUUGCACGCACAGUUGCUUCCUAACGGAAACUACGAGGUUGGAGUGCACAUUGCCGAUGUCACGCAUUUUGUCAAGCCAGCCACGGCGCUGGACCAAGAGGGUGCUUCGAGGGCCACGUCGGUCUACCUUGUUGAUAAGAGAAUCGACAUGUUGCCAAUGUUGUUGGGAACAGACCUGUGUUCGCUGAAACCGUAUGUGGAUAGAUUUGCGUUCACUGUUCUGUGGGAGCUGGACCAGGACGCCAACAUCGUCAAGGUUGACUACUUUAAGUCGAUCAUCCGGUCCAAGGAGGCCUUUGCGUACGAACAGGCCCAGUUGCGGAUGGACGACCAGUCGCAGCAGGACGAUCUCACCAAGGGAAUGCGGAUUUUGUUGAAGUUGUCCAAGAAAUUGAAGCAGAAAAGACUCCGUGCGGGUGCUUUGAAUCUUGCUUCGCCAGAGGUGAAGGUCCAUAUGGACAGCGAGACGUCCGACCCGGGUGAGGUGGAGGUGAAGAAACUGGUGGAGGCCAACUCGUUGGUGGAAGAGUUCAUGUUGUUGGCCAAUAUUUCAGUGGCCAAGAAGAUCUACGACGAGUUCCCGCAGGUGGCCAUGUUGAGACGACACGGAGCUCCUCCUGCAACCAACUUUGAGGUUCUGAACGACAUGCUGCGUGUUCGAAAGGGUAUGUCUAUUUCUCUGGAGAGUUCCAAGGCUCUUGCCGAUUCGUUGGACAGAUGCGUUGAUCCUCAGGACCCGUACUUCAACACUCUGCUCAGAAUCAUGGCCACUCGGUGCAUGAUGGCCGCCGAGUACUUUUCGGCCGGCAACUUUGGGUACGAGGACUUCCGCCAUUAUGGACUGGCUACCGAGAUCUACACGCAUUUUACGUCUCCGAUCCGGAGAUACUGCGACGUGGUAGUCCACAGACAGCUGGCGGCAUCGAUUGGGUACGAGCCGCUGCACUCGUUGCACCGCGACAAGGCCAAAAUGGACCUUGUGGUGAAGAACAUCAAUAAGAGACACAGAAACGCACAGUUUGCUGGAAGAGCCAGUAUCGAGUACUAUGUUGGCCAGGUGAUGAAGAACACGCAGAGUACGCACGAAGGGUAUGUGAUCAAGGUGUUUUCGAACGGAAUUGUUGUUCUUGUGCCGAAAUUCGGCGUGGAGAGUCUGAUCAAGUUGGAGAGUCUGGGAGAUAUCAAGGAUAGUCAUUUCGAUGACGAGCUGUACAAACUGACAUUUACAGGCCACAAUGGCCAGUCUCGCCAGAUCAGCGUGUUUGACCGUGUCAAUGUGUUUGUCACGUCGCAACUGGACGAAUUAACAGGAAAGAGAAAGGCCCAGCUCAAAUUGGCAUAA